GAACCUUGACAGUGAGCAGUAGCACUUCGGAAGUCCAAAAAUGUCUCAAAGGGUUGAAAAUGCCGUGAAAGGAGUAGUGCUGGUGGUGCUGGCUUUCAUGGUGGCACAAACGGUGUCCGAUUGCAAUGUCUGCCAAUCCAAUCAAGUGGCCUGCAUCAACUCCACCUCCUUUUACUUGUGUUUUGGUGAUGGAACCCCGCAUCGUGAUCAGCUGUACCAUUGCCUGGAGGGAUUCGACUGCACCAAUCUCACGGCCAUUUGUGUUCAGAAGAGCAGCCAGCGGCCUCCAAGCUGCGGAGAUACCUCUCAAUGUGGCCAGUGCAAUGCCAAUCGGAAUUACCUGUUCGCCUGCCUCAGUCGUGGAAUCUUCCAGAUGUGCUAUGGAGCCACUAGGCCCACUGGGAAAUUCGGUUACUGCCCCACGGGCACGGUUUGUGAUGCCAGCAGCACUGCGAUUUGUGUGCCCGAGGUGGCGAAUCAAACGCUGACCUGUGAUAUAAAUGACGAGCUGGUGGACACCACCACUGCAGCACCCGUGACCACUGACGGAACCACUGAAAGCACCACUGUAAGCAGCACUGAAAGCACCACUGUGAGCAGCACUGAAAACAGCACUGAUUCUACUGUAACCACCGAGACGCCCACUACAGUGAUACCUCUAACACCCGCCCAGAUGUGCGCCCAGAGAAAUGCCACUGGUCUUUUUAACACCAUUCCUGCGGAUUCCUAUUGUCAGCGCUAUGUUAGUUGCUAUUUUAAAAAUAACGUUCUUAUCAAAUCUGCGGAAUACAACUGUCCCACGGAUUCCUGGUUCGCUGCUGAAACUCAGAGUUGUGUCUACGUAAAUCCCGGCUACUGUCUUUAA